UCAGGCAGCGCUGAGAGGCAGUCGGAAGGAGAGACUCUGACGGAGCCGAGCGCCGCAUCAUAAUGCUUAUUCAUCCGUCAGCACGCUGAUGUUUUCUGAUUUCGCCGGAUAAAUUAAUUUGUCGAGUUGUCCAUGUCCGCGUAGUGUUACAGAACAAGUAUACACAUAUACGUUUCCAGAUGAGAUAAUUCGAUUUAUUGUUGCCUCCGGGCAGCGUAUCAUUUGAACCGAAAGUGGCGACUUAUACUGGACGACGCCUUUGGAGCUUUUGGAGUAAAUUUAUCCCACUGAACUUAAAAAUCAACGAACACAAUGGCCACGGAGCAAGAGAAGAUCAAGCGGCGUUUACAGGAGCUGUUGGAGAGACCCGGUAACGGCAACUGUGUGGACUGCGGCGCUGCAGACCCGGACUGGGCGUCCUUCACUUUGGGCGUGUUCGUGUGCCAGCGCUGCUCCGGAAUCCACAGGAACAUUCCGCAGAUCAGCAGGGUGAAGUCUGUGACGCUGGACGGCUGGCUCGCCGCGGAGGUGGAGUUCCUUGCCUCCACUGGAAACAACGCUGCCAAAGACAAAUACGAGCCGAAGGUGCCGCCUUUCUACUACCGCCCCACGCACACAGACUGUCAGUUGCUGAGAGAGCAGUGGAUCCGGGCCAGGUACGAGCGGAAGGAGUUCGUGCAUGUGGAGAAGCAGGAGCCGUACUCCGCAGGAUACAGAGAGGGGUUUCUAUGGAAACGGGGGCGAGACAACGGACAGUUCCUGAGCCGAAAAUUUAUUCUGUCAGAGCGGGAGGGAGCUCUGAAGUACUUCAACAAGCAUGACGCGCGAGAGCCGAAGGCCAUCAUGAAGAUCCACACCCUCAACGCCACCUUCCAGCCGGCCAAGAUUGGCAACCCCCAUGGCCUGCAGAUCACCUACCUGAAGGACAACAGCACCAGGAACAUCUUCGUCUACCAUGAGGAUGGCAAGGAAACGGUGGACUGGUUCAAUGCCAUCAGAGCUGCCAGGUUUCAUUAUUUGCAAGUGGCUUACCCUGGAGCCAACGAUGCAGAUCUGGUGCCAAAACUUACAAGGAACUACAUCAAAGAAGGCUACAUGGAGAAAACUGGCCCAAAGCAAACAGAAGGGUUUAAGAAGAGAUGGUUCACCAUGGAUGACAGGAGACUGAUGUAUUUCAAAGAUCCUCUGGAUGCGUAUGCCCGGGGGGAGGUGUUCAUCGGGAGUAAGGAGAACUCCUACACUGUGCUGCCCGGCCUCCCGCCCUCCACGCAGGGCAACCACUGGAAGUUCGGCAUCACCAUCGUCACCCCGGACAGGAAGUUCCUGUUCGCCUGCGAGACGGAGGAGGAGCAGAAGGACUGGAUCGCGGCCUUCCAGAAGGUGGUGAACAGGCCCAUGCUGCCACAGGAGUAUGCAGUGGAGGCCCACUUCAAGCACAAACCCUGAUGGCAGGGCCAGGGUCCUGUGUCAGGUGGGACAGAGGAAGGCCAGGUGUUCUGCACGGGCACUGGGACUGGGUUGGACACAUGGGAGAAACACCUGGGACUCAGGUCGACCGAGGGCAACGAAAACCGACCCCCCUCCAUGCCCUACUGAGGAAGGAAGUCAGCCUGCAUCAGUGUCCUCAUCUGUCUGUUAAAAUGGGGGUGCAGUACCCAAGCAGGAAGUCCAAGACCUCAGAACUGAGCACCUGCUACCCCCUUCUGCAACGCAUAUACUCCUGCACCCUGCCCCGCCCUGAGUUUGUGCUAACCAUAUUCUCUAAUGUACUGUAUCGGUGCCCCAAUCUGAAUGUUAUGGAGCAGUAACCUUUACAUGAAUGUUGUCUUAACUUAUUUGUACUGCGCUGUUGUGAAGAAGUAACAUAUUGACAAAACAAAACACAGGAAGCAUUGAUAAGUGUUAUUGACUACUGGACAGGGACUUACAGAUGUAUUUAUUUCAAUUAGGAGUGCAUCUGCAUGCACAUAGAUUCCUUUAACUACUCAACGGGAGUAUUCUUAUUUAAUUUGUCAUGAUAAAUGUUGAAGGUCCCUGUGCAGUUACUUUGUUUAAACUACAACUGAGCGUUAUAUAGAGUUUUUGGUCUGCACACAAUAAGCUUAAAAUAGGCAUAAAAAUAACUUUAGGAGAAAUAAAGUCUGCUAGUCUGAAAACACAAGCGUGAGGUAGGAGAUACUCUCACCUCUUUUCCAUGAGCACUGAGGCAGUGCUUUGGUAUGUCCAACAGUAAUCGAUUCUUCUCCAGUUGGGUGUGGUUUUGACCUAGUUGAUCUAGUACGGUGACAACAGUCACAUUUGUGAUGUAAGAAUUAAGACUACAUUGACAUAUGUGAGAAUUUAAUGCCACAGUUUUAGGGGUUUUUGGACAGAGGGAUGAGCUCUCCAGUUUCAAAGCUGCUUUUUUGUACUUACCAGCCGGGGGAGAAAGAGAAACCAAACGCUGAAAGAGGAAAUGAGUUCUCCUGUCUGCGUGUUGAUGUUAAAAAUGGUUUGACGAGCCUGUGGUCAUUUUUUGUGAGAAAUGAAGGUGUCUCAUCCUCUGUCUCUCUCUCUCUCUCUCACACAUACACACACACACAAUGAAACUGGACCUCAUGAGUAAUUACUGCCCCCAUGAGAAAAUUUGGAAAGCUUUUUUGAGUCAUCUCAUCACCACUCCACUGCUUGGAUUUAUGCUAAAAUGGGUAUAAAUAUUUAGAUAAAUAUAUAUUUCCUGUGAAUGUCAGGUGGCCCACAACAUAAAAGACCUUCAGUGGUAUGGGUAGCCUUUUUUGAGUUUACAUACAGCCACUCUGAUAGGUCGCUGAUAGGUUAUCAAAGACAGUGGGGCAGUGUUUCUGACUCAUACUUGGAACCACAGAGGGAACACCCCACUGGUCAUACACAGAAAAACCAACUUCCAUAUUCCCUGAGUAGACCUUUUCCUCUUUAAAAGGUCUAUUAUUUGUCAUUUCCCUGCCAUUUCUUGGUGUAUUUAUUUAUUGACAUGUGAGAACUAUUUUAUUUUGGUUGAGAUUUUUUUUUUUUUUUACAAAAAGAAAAUGUAUAGCAUCUGUGUUUCCAUAGAGACAGUGGUAAAGAUGGAGUAGGAAGACCACACGGAUGACUGUUUGCUCCCUCUGCAAAUAAACAAAAAAACUAAUGGAAUACAGUCCUUAAAUCUGCAUGCAUUUCUGAUGUUACUGAUGUCAAACGCUGAUAUGUCAAUAUGUGUAAUAACUGCACA